AUGCCCUUAAUCUCAAAAUGGUUCAUUUCUAUUAUACUAUUUCUUUUCUUCGUAAACAGAGGUUUUUGUAUUAAAUGUUGGAAUUGUCGAUCUAGUAACGAUCCGAAAUGUGCUGAUCCAUUUGAUAAUAGCACUGUUCCAAUUACGGACUGUAAGGAAGAAAAAGGAUUGGCACAUUUACCUGGUAUGAAAUCUAGCAUGUGCCGAAAAAUUCGUCAAAAAGUAAAUGGUGAAUGGCGUUAUUUUAGAGAUUGUGCCUAUUUAGGUGAAGUUGGGAUUCAAGGAGACGAAAGAUUCUGCUUGAUGAGGACUGGAACUUACAAUAUCUUCGUAGAGUAUUGCACUUGCAAUAGUAAAGACGGGUGCAAUUCAUCAUCUUUGUUAAGUCCUUUACCUAUUAUCAUAUUUACUUUGUUCACCAUUGGAUUCAGAGAUUCAGACAAUGAUGGAAUGGUCUCUCACGAAAUAGAGAUCUCUCAAAAAUCGACCAAGACUAAUAUUACUACUUACACUGCUAAGCAAGUAAAAUCGGGAUGA